GGUUCUUUUUAACAGCCGGAACUCUGUUCAAUACGCUUUGUAUCUACCUUACUUGAGAUUAUCAACCAAGGAGCAUAGCAUACAGAAAGAAUGCCGGCCAAGAUUGCUAUCAUUGGUGGAGCUGGAAGUGUUGGUGCUACGGCCGCCUAUGCCAUCCUCCUCCGUCGUUGCGCCUCGGAACUCCUCCUAGUUGAUCUCGACACUGAAAAAUGUGCCGCCCAGGUCUUGGACCUUUCCGACGCUGCUUUCCUGUCGGACACCAAAGUCAGGAUGGGUACACCCAAAGAAGCCGGGCAAUGCGAUAUUGUCAUUAUCACUGCCGGGGCCAAGCAGCGUCCCGGUGAAACCCGUGUGGACCUCAUUGGCCGUAAUCGAGCGAUUCUGAGUUCCGUCAUAGAAUCAAUGAAACCAUUCAAGCAAUCGGCAAUUUUGUUGCUCAUUGCUAAUCCUGUUGAUGUUUUGACUUAUUUUGCACAAAAACUGAGUGGAUUGCCUCAAAGCCAAGUCUUGGGAUCUGGGACAUACCUUGACUCGGCGCGGCUGAGAAGUGAACUCUCAUCGCGACUGGAAGUGGCAGAGACUGCUGUGCAUGCCUACGUCCUAGGUGAACAUGGUGACAGUCAGUUUGUCGCGUGGAGCUCGGCUCAUGUCGCCAAUACGCCCUUGUUGAGUUUAUCUGCAAUGAAGGGGGUCGACAAGAAAAAGUUGGCGGAGGACGUCAAGAAUAAGGCAUACAAGAUUAUUGAAGCAAAGGGCGCCACAUAUUUUGGUAUUGGCGGUGUAGCAGCCUCCAUCUGCGAAUGCAUCAUCUUUGACCUCCGCCACGUCCGUCCCCUCUCACACUACAUUCCCGAACUCAACGUUUGCCUCAGUUUCCCCGUCGUGCUAGGCCAUAGCGGAGUCAGGCAAACCCUCAAACCUCCUUUGACAGAGGAAGAAGAAGAAUUGCUAAAGAAAUCAGCAAAGGAAAUGAGAAACGUUAUUGAAAAGUACGAGUUGGCUCCCGAUCAGUAGUGACGUUUGCAAAUGUAUGAUAUUGUACGGUUCGUCGGGUCUUUGGGAAUGGAAUUUUUGGUACACUGUCAUAAAAGACAAGCCAUACCUGAGGUUAAUAUAUACAUAUUGGAUAAAGUUGAAUGUGUUAAUGGGAA